AGAAAGGAAAGGAAGCGUAUGGAGAGCACGUGUAAAGGUUCCACAAUCUAUUGGCGUGUCUCUUUCUUCACCUUUCCUCUCUCAAUUAAGCUCUUUCCUCUAAUCCUCGUCUUCAAGCUCUGACAUUCUUUCAUUCCUUUGCUCUUUUCCCAACUUUUGUUUUUCUUGUUUCAUAAAUGGCUUUGGCAAAUGUAUUCCAUGCCUUUUGUACAAGGCCUACCCCUAUCCUCCCUACUGUUGCAGCUCCAUUUCCUUAUCCCUUGCCUACCUCUUUUGGCAUGCCCACCAAGUGUUUGCCUUUAGUAUUGCAAGCAAAAAGAAAGACAAAUGUUAUGUUCAGUCAAUGUUUUGCUGCAAAAAAUGAGCUUAGUGAAGUCGAUAAUGGAGGAGAUGAUGUGAAAGUGGAAGAAAUGGAGGAGUCUAGUGAAACAUUAUUGUACUCUUUCACUCCUUUGCCUUUACUAGUUUUGGCUGCUCUUCCUGGAGCAGCUGGGACUGUAAGGUCUCUCUUUGGUCCUUUUGUUGAGCUAGUGAAAUCAUGGAAUCUACCUGAUUGGCUUGUCCAUUGGGGGCACCCAGGCAAUAUGGCAGUAGUGCUUUUUGCCAUGGGAGGGUAUGGAACAUAUCUAGGCUUCCGCAUUCGUUAUUCCGAUGAUGUGGAGGAAAAGGCCAAGGCUAAAGAUUUGCACCCGAAGCUUCUAGGUGGUAUGUUUUUCUUCUUUGCUUUAGGAGCAACAGGUGGAGUAACAUCUCUUUUAACUUCAGACAAACCUAUUUUUGAAAGUCCACAUGCUGUUACAGGUUUCAUUGGUCUUACUCUAUUGACAAUCCAAACCAUUUUGCCAACAUUGUUUGAGGGUAAACCUGGAUUGAGAAAUGUGCAUGGGAUUUUAGGCAGUGGGAUAAUGGCAUUGUUUCUUAUCCAUGCUGCUCUUGGACUUCAACUUGGCCUUAGUUAUUGAUUCAUCCAAGCUCUGCCUUUUGUCUUUCAACUUGGCAUGUGUACGACUAAAAUAGUUUACACACUUUCAUAAUUUUUUGUAUGAUAAAUAUUUUAACAAUUCAAUUAAUAUAUUCCAUCUUCAGAGAUCAAA